AACUUGGUCGCAACUUCUGCAUCAUCUACUCCAUGAUAAUUGUGCCAUUGUUUCAGAAUAUAUCUUAUUUAUGUACGCAGGCUAAAAACAUGAAAUGCAAAUUAAAAUACGCCAACGAACUAAAAUGGGACUACCAGUUUUUGAAGAAAAAGUGUAAGGAGGUGGGCAUAGAAGAACAAUUCAUUGAGCACCAGUUGCGUCUACGGUCCAACUAUGUGGUCGUGUUUCAUGUGCUGCAUAUUUUUUCCACACUUUUACACUGCAGUCUGCUGCUGACCAAGUGCAUGCACCUGAGUUUAAUAUACAUUGAUGUCGGCUGCUAUACGACAUCAGCUGUUCUCGUUAUUGCAGUAAUGUGGCCCAAUAUAAAGGUGAAAUAUAUGAUGAAAUAUAAGUGGUUGCCUGUCAUGACGUCCACGACUGCUGCGUUGAUUAUUGCUUCCGUAGCGCUGGGGUUGGCAUCUUUUCUCUCAUUAGUAUACAUUAUGUAUAAUGUAUUAUAUUUAGGCACGUUGAAUAUGGGUGAUAACGUUCGAUUUUACGAAGUUAUCCAACUUUUAUUCUAUUAUAUUUCCCUAAAUAUGAUGUGCACCAUUUUUCUGGUAAUGCGCGAGAUUGUUGUCCGCGCCUCGUUCCUUGAUCGACAUCAAUACGUGAUGGAGGAUAUUGCGCUAAGGAGGGCUCGUGCGAGGGAAAGGGUAUUACUUCAUAGCAUAUUACCACGCCAAAUAGCUCGGCCUAUUCAAGAUGAUAUUCGAAACCGGAUAAAGUUCUCUCAGAAGCAUCACAAUAAGCCCAUUCCCAAUAAAAGAAAUCGGAUUAUCGCCAUUCAAAUGCAUCCCGAUGUCAGUAUUCUGUAUGCAGAUAUUGUUAACUACACCCACUUGACCACAACUCUAUCAGUUAAGAAGCUGGUCACUCUGUUGCACGAGUUGUAUGCCAGAUUUGACAAUGCUGCCUUUCGCUAUUCGGUGCAACGAAUCAAGUUCUUGGGCGACUGCUACUACUGUGUGGCGGGCUUGACAAAACCAGAUCCCUUUCAUGCCAAAUGCUGCGUCAACCUGGGACUCUGUAUGAUCGACAUUAUUCGCGAAAUGCGAGCCGUGGUAAAGAUUGACAUAGACAUACGUGUUGGAGUGCAUUCGGGAUGUGUGUUUGCGGGAGUUCUUGGGGCAGCGAAACUGCAAUAUGACAUUUGGGGUACUGAUGUAUUAAUAGCGAACCGGUUGGAGGCGACCGGAAUGCCUGGUCAAAUUCAUGUUAGCGAAAGAACUCUCAAAAUGAUUGGAGAUUCGUAUGAAGUAUCUCCGGGAACUGAAGUCGCCCGUAAAGAUCCUUAUUUUCUGAAGUACAAUAUUAUCACUCACAUCAUAAGUAAAAUGAAUGAGACAGAAAAUUACAGUGACUUGAAAGAAGUAUCCAAAGAUUCAUUAUCUGUGACAAGCCGAAAUAAUGAUGAUCCUGAGCUAUCAGUAAAUGAAGAAUUAGCAAAAAUUCCGCUUGGUCCCUCAGGAAUCUCAACUUUAUUUAAGAAAAUUGUUAGCUUAGGAACUUAUAAAGAACCGAAGCAUUCAGAAAUCGGAGCUUUUCUCUUACAUUUUCGUGAUCCUCCGCUGGAAUAUAAAUAUUUAAACCAACCUGAUUAUAUGCUGAAGUACAGUGUACUCCUAGGUUGGUUCUGCGCAGUGAGCCUGGUAUAUAUGCAACUUGCAAAUAACAAAUGGAGCCGCAACAAUUCGCGUAUUUUCGAGAUAGUCACGAUAUUUACCUUAUCAAUGCUACUCUUUUUAACUUGGUAUAAGAAGAUCUGCUUCUGGCGUUAUUCUAAGGAAUCUCACCUUUACUCCAAUCUCAGUUGCUCCCUAUUUCAAAUAGCAGACUUUUUACAGCACAAUCUCAUCAUGAGAAUCUGUGUCUAUAUGUACUUCUUAUUGACGUACAUUCUUAUUGUAGCUGCUAUACUGAAUGAUUGUGAUCAGGACAUGUACCAAUUAGCGCUUAUAGAGAGUUUACUGUACCGAUAUGAGGUGAAUAAUAACCUAUGCUUCCAUCCGUGGCAACUCUCCACUAUGGUGUGCCUCAUCCUGAUCCUGAGUAUUAUAUUUACGCGCAUUCCUUUCGUUAUGAAAAUCAUUGUUAGCUUAUUAGUAACCGUCAGCUAUUUGAGCGUCUCCUUUUAUCAAUAUGACAGCGUAUUCCUUGCUAGCACGCCAACCAAUCCGUUUUUUCCAACCAAAUACGGACACUUCAUUUUGAUUGUAACAACUUUGCUUAUUAUGUAUGCCAAGGAGCGGCAGGCUGAGUUUAAUAACAAAAUCAAUUACAGAUGGAGUGAAGAGCUGAAAAGAAAACAGGAUGAAGCCCGCAUAACCAAUCAGUCUAUAACUAUUCUGCUACAUAACAUUUUACCGGCCCAUGUUGUCAACGUCUAUCUGACAUCGGUAGCCAAGCACGAGCUCUACUAUGAAAACUACGAAAUGGUGGCGGUCAUGUUCGCAUCGCUUAAAAACUUUGAGUUGACGUUGUCCAAUUUGGGUGUUCUCAACGAGAUUGUCUUCGAAUUUGACCAAAUCUUGUCCUAUUAUAGAGAUGAUAAUAUAGUUGAAAAGAUCAAAAUUGUUGGCAGCACAUAUAUGGCAGCCUGCGGGUUGAAUGUACAGAAUUCCUCGCUCAUCAAUGUACACUCUGAGACGUACGAUUCUGUUAUCCGAGAGCUCAUGAAGGCACGUCGCUCGUUGGAAACGUACAGAAAGGGUAAUUAUUCAAUUGCCGAGAAAAGGGAGGAGGUGGUCUUGGUGCUAACCACAUUUGCAUUGGACCUAAUGAGAACGCUUUGGGUGUGCAACAAUAAUUACCAGAACGUUUCAAUCGAUCAUGGUGUAUUUAAUGCCGACAUGAGCAUUGGAAUAUCCAGUGGAGAGGUGAUGGCCGGGGUGGUGGGCGCCUCGCAGGUACACUACGAUAUUUGGGGCAACGCUGUGAACUUGGCCUCGCGAAUGGACUCCACCGGCGUCGCUGGAGAAAUACAAGUAACCAAAGAAACGGCCCUUAUACUAUUCAAAUAUGGGAUAGAAUGUAAUUACCGCGGCAUGACCUUCGUCAAGGGCCGAGGCAAUCUGCCGACCUAUUUCGUAGGCAUCAGCAAUCACUUCGAAUUCCUGUACUUAAAGGAUAGGAUUGCGGCAACGUUUAGUUCAGAGUCAAACGUUAGUGAUGUUUAGUAGUGUUAUCAGAUAGGGAAAAUCAAGUACUAAAGUAUUGUCGUCUAAGCUAGCAGUCAAUAUAAGUUCCAGCAGGCGUCCAAUGUUUGUAUAUAUAGAUUUCUAAUUCAAAUUGUAGAGUGUUUAAAGCAGCGCACCUGUCUCGAAACUAAUGACUCCAAAUUUGACGUACCUGCUGUCGCCAUCAAGUUCUUAAAUCAUUAAGUUGUUUACUAAGUUGAUGGCUACGGCUACGGCGUUAUGUAUUAGAGAUAAAUACACUACAAGAAAUGAAAAAACUGUCGAACGAUUGCAUAAAUUGAAUCAUAAAUAAGGAUUAGAAUGAAACCCACAGGAGCGGGCGAAUGGGAGCCCAUUUAUUUAAUUAUUAUUUAAUGGGAAAUUGAUCGAUUGUGGUAGAUGGUUAUCUGGCAUCUUGGAAACGGAUAACAUGAAAUAACAUUGUUCACUGUUCGCUUUAGCUAAGGUGUGACCCAUCGAACGAAUCCCAGAUAUUCUUAAUACAGAUAUAAUUAGCCCAAGUUCCUCAACUUAUUCCUUGCAUCUACAGACAUGAGUAAGCUCUUUUAAGAGCAACAAUUGAAGACAUUAAUAGUUUUACUUGAACUGCUAUAGAUGACGGAUGUGCUACGCUUGUCAUAAGUAUCAUUUUGUCUUUGCUGUAAGACAGCUAGUCUGUUGUCCUUCAUUCCGGCACACAGAAAACAGCCGACUCUAGUAUAAACCAUGAUUUAAAUAAGCAAAUUUGUUGUAAUAAAAGAGUGAACAUCUACAUCAAAUUUUUAGCAAAUAAAUCGGGAU